GGCGCCGGAGACCCGUGACUCAACCGCGGAAAGCCUUCGCCAGGGACCGGGCCGGCAGCGAAGCCCGCGAGUCUUUCCCCAUGGUGUCCAUGACUUUCAAGAGGAGCCGCGGCGACCGGUUCUACAGCGUCCGGUGCUGCGGCUGUUGCCAUGUCCGCACCGGGACCAUCAUCCUGGGGACCUGGUACAUGGUGGUCAACCUACUGAUGGCAAUAUUGCUGAUCGUGGAAGUGACUCAUCCAAACUUAAUGCCUGCUGUCAACAACAUUCAGUAUGAAGUCAUCGGUAAUUACUACUCAUCGGAGAGGAUGGCUGAUAAUGUCUGUGUUCUUUUUGCCGUCGCUGUGCUUACGUUUAUAAUCAGUUCAGUGCUGGUAUAUGGAGCAAUUUUUUACCAAGCAGGCUGGCUGAUCCCGUUCUUCUGUUACCGGCUCUUUGACUUCGUCCUCAGUUGUCUCGUCGCUAUCAGUUCUCUCACUUACUUGCCAAGGAUCAAAGAGUAUCUGGAUCAGUUACCUGAUUUUCCCUACAAAGACGACCUCCUGGCCUUGGACUCCAGCUGCCUCCUGUUCAUUGUUCUCAUGUUCUGUGUGGUCUUCAUUGUCUUUAAGGCUUAUCUAAUCUACUGUGUUUGGAACUGCUAUAAAUAUAUCAACAGCAGAAACAUGCCGGAGAUUGCCGUGUACCCUGCCUUUGAAGCACCUCCACAGUAUGUGUUGCCAACCUAUGAAAUGGCUGUGAAGAUGCCUGAGAAAGAUCCGCCGCCUCCUUACCUGCCUGCCUGAGGACGUUGUGCCUUUGUCAAUAAACCCCAUGCCAGCC